UUGGUUUUCUUUCUCUCAGCAUCUCCACCCAACCAGCAGAAAACCGGUCUCUGAGGUUCCACCAAAAUAUGGAACUUGAUUUUGGACAUUUUGACGAAAGAGAUAAGGCAUCCAGGAACAUGCGAGGCUCGCGGAUGAAUGGGCUGCCUAGCCCCACUCACAGCGCCCAUUGUAGCUUCUACCGAACCCGAACCUUGCAGGCACUGAGCAAUGAGAAAAAAGCCAAGAAGGUACGUUUCUACCGCAAUGGGGACCGCUACUUCAAGGGGAUUGUGUACGCUGUGUCCUCUGACCGUUUUCGCAGCUUCGACGCCUUGCUGGCUGACCUGACACGAUCUCUGUCUGACAACAUCAACCUGCCUCAGGGAGUGCGUUACAUUUACACCAUUGAUGGAUCCAGGAAAAUUGGAAGCAUGGAUGAACUCGAGGAAGGGGAAAGCUAUGUUUGUUCCUCAGACAACUUCUUUAAAAAGGUGGAGUACACCAAGAAUGUCAAUCCCAACUGGUCGGUCAAUGUGAAGACAUCUGCCAAUAUGAAAGCCCCUCAGUCCCUGGCCAGCAGCAACAGUGCUCAGGCCAGAGAGAACAAGGACUUUGUGCGCCCCAAGCUGGUGACCAUCAUCCGCAGUGGGGUGAAGCCUCGGAAGGCUGUGCGUGUACUUCUGAACAAGAAGACAGCACACUCUUUUGAGCAAGUCCUCACUGACAUCACCGAAGCCAUCAAACUAGAGACCGGGGUCGUCAAAAAACUCUACACUCUGGAUGGAAAACAGGUAACCUGCCUCCAUGAUUUCUUUGGUGAUGACGAUGUGUUUAUUGCCUGCGGUCCUGAAAAAUUUCGCUAUGCUCAGGAUGAUUUUUCUCUGGAUGAAAAUGAAUGCCGAGUCAUGAAGGGAAACCCAUCAGCCACAGCUGGCCCAAAGGCGUCCCCAACGCCUCAGAAGAGUUCAGCCAAGAGCCCUGGCCCCAUGCGCCGGAGCAAGUCUCCAGCUGACUCAGGUAACGACCAAGACGCAAACGGAACCUCCAGCAGCCAGCUCUCUACCCCCAAGUCUAAGCAGUCUCCCAUCUCUACGCCCACCAGUCCUGGCAGCCUCCGGAAGCACAAGGACCUGUACCUGCCUCUGUCCUUGGAUGACUCAGACUCACUUGGCGAUUCGAUGUGAGGGAGGAGUGUUCAGAGUCCAGAGUACAAAUCCAAGCUUGCCGUUACAAUAGGGUACUUCUGCUCAAGUGUCCAACAGGGCUAUUGGUGCUUUCAAGUUUUUAUUUUGUUGUUGUUAUUGUUAUUUUUAAAAACACACUGUAAUAUGUUGGGUUUAUUUUCCUGUGAUUUCUCCUCUGGGCCACUGAUCCACAGUUACCAAUUAUAAGAGAUAGAUUGAUAACCAUCCUUUGGGGUAACUUUCCAAGGAUGCAAAAUGUGCUAGUCCAUGACCUUUCUAUUGAAUACUUAGGCGCCUGCGUUAUUUUUCCCUGUCUCGCUUUGCUCAUACACGACAGUCUUCCUUCUGUAGAGGGUUGUUUACAUACAUAGCACUUAAAAUGUGUGUGGGAGGGGGUAAAAAACUCAUUGGCAAAUCCAAGAGUGAUAAACACAAGCGCCCCUUGUCUCCCCAUCUCAAGAAUGCUGGAGGAUCCUGGGAGGACAGCAAGGCAGCUCCCCAGCCUUGCUCUUCGCUCCUGAUUGAGCCCCCAGUUUGUUGUCUAGCACCAGUUCUGGCUGUCAAGGGGGAGAAACACCAGCAACUUGUCAUUCUGACACCAGAUGCUUAGGACCCCGGUGUAGGGCUGGCUUAAAGAGACUAGGCAAAAUUGGAAAACACUGUAGACAUUUCAGUCGCAUUUAUAAAGCACAGUGAAUUCCUUGUCAACCUCUCCACUGGAACAAUUUAGAAUCAAUAUGCAAUUAACGAGAGUUGGUGGUGAGGGGCUUUCAUAUACCUGAUUCCUGUAGGAGGCUGUCUAACAUAGCAAGUUACGACACAAACUGUAUGGUAUCCAUCUAUCUCUGUUCUAUUGAAUGCCUUGUAAACAGCCAACACUGAAAACACUGUGAGAAUUUGUUUUCAGGUCUGACACCUUUCGGUCGCUUUUUAUAGCAAGAAACCAAUAUCCUUUUUAUAAAACCUCGUGUCUGUUUUUCAGGAGCAAACUCUUCAGGCUCCUUUUUUAUAAACUGGUGAUUUUUCUUUUGUCUAAAAAACACAUGCAGAAAAUUUACCAAAAAAAAAAAAAGUGCAGAAGAAUACCGUAGUUUAGAAAUCAUGCUGUCACUGCCAAACAGAAACCUCCAGGAAAAAACGAAAUGCAUAGCAGAGGCCAAUUCAAUAGAAUGAGUCUUUUGAUAACUUUUUAACAGUUAUGCUUACAUUAAUAAUUUCAAC